AUGACAUAUACAGAUGAAAAUACAAAGUAUGUAUAUUCAACCGACAAAAAAGUUCUAGAUACUGUUCCAAGUAAUGUUAUUCACGCAGUUGUUCCAAACUUUGUUGAAAUCAUUAAAGGUAAGAGUAGUAAUUUAUAUGCAUUCAAAGAAUGCAGUUCUACUGUUGAGACUAUUUCAUUUGAAGAGAACACUCUUCUUUCAGAAAUUCAAAAUUAUUUAUUUUAUACUUGUUCUAAACUUAACAAUGUUGACCUUUCUGGAUGCACACAUCUGACAACUUUUUGUAGUAACGCAUUUCAAAAUUGUAUUUCAUUAGCAACUAUAAUAUUACCUCAAAAUUUAGUCAAAGUUGGUGAAUUUUGUUUUUCUAACAUUAGUGCUACCUCAAUAACCCUUCCUGCAGCACUUGAAGAAUUACCAACAUCGUUAUUUCAAUCUUCAUCUAAAUUAAAAACAAUUGAUAUUCCAUUAACAAAUAAUUUAAAAUCUUUGAAAGGCAGAAUUAUUGCAUCGACAAGUGUUAAUAUAUUCACUAUAACAGAUAAAGUUACGACAAUAGAAGUAAAUGUUUUUGAAUUUGCUUUUGGAUUAGAAACAAUAGUUGUAACCAAAGGAAAUACAAUAUAUUCAAUCCAAAACAAUGCCCUCAUUAAAGGUACAACAUUACUUGCAUAUCCAAAUAAUAGACCCGGUGAUGUUGUAAUUCCUAAUGGAAUAACUACAAUCGGAUCUUUAGCUUUUAAGGAUUCAAAGAUCACUGGUGUUACAAUACCAGAAACAGUAACUGAAAUUGGAUCAUGGGCUUUUGUUAGAAGUCCUUUGAAAACAAUUUAUAUCCCUGAUUCAGUAACUACUAUAAAUUAUUCUUGUUUUUAUACUACUAUAACACUUGAAUCUGUUAGAUUGCCAUCAAAAAUUCAGCUAUUAGAUACGGAUUUAUUUCGAGGAUGUACAAAAUUAACAUCAAUUGAAAUACCGGCUUCAGUUACUGUAAUUGGAGCCAAUUGUUUUGCAGCUACUGGAUUAACAGAAGUUGUCUUACCAGAUAAUUUAACAAAUAUUGGUGGAAAUGCAUUUCCGCCGAAUACAAAACUAAUAUUUGGUAGUCAAUCAAAAUUUUAUGUUGAUGAACAGUAUUUGGUAUUAGAUAAAGAAAAUACAUCAGUUUCUGUUUAUCUUGGUGCUACAUUAACUGUAAUCAAGAUCCCAUCAACUGUUAAAGUUAUUAAAACAAAAACCUUCUUUAAUAAAGCUGAACUUCAAAAGCUAAAUCUUGAUUCAAAUUCAGAAUUAACAACAAUUGAAGAUUAUGCCUUUUAUGGAUGCACAAAUCUCCAAUUUGUUACUCUUCCACAGAAAAUCACAUAUAGGGUGUCCAAAGGUGCGUUUAGCACAGCGCUCUAUAUGAGACUAUUAAAGGAGAUAUAUGCUGAUUAUAAAUAUAUAAUAAAAAAUAUGAAUAUAUGUAUAUGA